AUGUAUCAACUUUGGACGAAAAUUAACAUAUGGCCAAGUAAAGAUUUGGUUCAGUACUACAUGCCUGAACAUUUUAAAAAUUAUAAUAUUAACAUUAGGGCAUCUUGGAGCAGCUACAAACAUGCCAAUACACUUAAAGUGCUUGUUGGAGCUACUCCAGGGGGGCUAAUAUCAUACUGUUCUCCUGCAUAUGCUGGAUCUGUAAGUGACAGACAAACAAUAGAAAGAAGUGAUUUAACGAGUAAAUGUGAAAGUGGUGACUGUAUCUUGGCAGAUCGCGGAUUCAAUAUUCAAGACAUGUUUGCAGACAAAAACAUUGCUGUUAAUAUUCCAACAUUUAUGAAAGGUAAAACACAGUUGCCAGGGUUAACAGUAUUAAAAGAUAGAGAUUUAGCUAGUAAAAGGGUGCACAUUGAACGUUUAAUAGGUCUUACUAAGACUUACAAAAUAUUAAAAAGUGAUAUGGAUCACAGUUAUAUUCCUAUAGCGGGUAAAAUAUUUUAUAUAUGUACUAUGUGUUGUAAUUUUAGGGAAAGCAUAAUGAAAUGAAAUAAUGAUAUUAAUGAUAGUAGUAGCAGUAGUAGAUUUAUUAUUUUAAGUGACAUAAACAAAACACAUAGGAAAACAUCCGAGGAAACCUGCAUACAUCCGUGAAGAAAUUCAAAGAUGUAUAUGAAGUCCCCAACCCGCAUUGGGCCAGCGUGGGGACUAUAGCCGAAAACCCUCUCGUGCUUGAGUGGAGGCCUGUGCCCAGCAGUGGGACGUAUAUAGGCUAAAUAAUAAUUUUUAUUUAGUGACAUAAAUUCUGUUAUUGACUUUAGUAAUCAUUAUAUAAAUAGGUAAUACAACUAUUUAAUUAUUGUGCAUACAUAAGUCAAUCUUUAGAUUUAAUAAUAUUGCCGUGCCCUACCAGGGCCCAUGUGAAACCAACUAUUAUGUAACACCUGUGUACCUACAAUGGAUGUUAUAAAUAUAUGAAUAUGAAUAUUGUUUAAAAUUUUUAAGUUUCCAAGUGAAUAAAUAAAAAACAAAAUUUAAUAUU